AUGAGCCCAAGCACGAUAUCCUCUGCCCAAGAUACCAUUACCAAUAUCUCCAUCAACAAGUUCGACGGAUACAACCACGCGACAUGGAGCCGCUACAUGCGUGGCGUGUUCCUGACUAAGUCGACGUGGUACGUGGUGAUCCGGAAGACGUCGCCGACCUAUGCGGACGAUCGCUCCAUGGACGUCUACGUCAAGACAAAUAACAUCGUGUUCGUACUGAUGUUGCAUCACAUGGACGCCGACUACCAUCACAUCGUCGAUGAUUAUGAGGAAGCGUGGGUCGUGUGA